UCAGUUUGCAAUUUGCGAGUACGCCGAUCCAAACGUUUCGCCGUGUUUUUUUUUUUUUAGUUUGUUAAUUCAAACAUUUUAUAAUACAGAUUAAAACUGUAGAUAUUUACAGUGCUUGCAACAUGGAGAAAUCGUGUCGCCCCAAACGCAAUCGUCGUCACAGCAGACGUGCUUGGCCUCCAGAGGACGAUCUGCACCAACCACGAGCUGCCAAGCGUCUGUUUACGCCGGAUAUUAAGCGCAUGCUCAAGGAUUGGCUGAUACGGCGACGCGAGAACCCGUACCCCAGCAGGGAGGAGAAGAAACAGCUGGCAGUAGAGACUGGCUUGACGUAUACACAGAUCUGCAAUUGGUUUGCCAAUUGGCGGCGAAAGCUAAAAAAUUCGGAACGUGAAAGGGCAAAAAAGUCGUGGGGUCAUCUUAUCAAGAACUACAAUCACAAUGCUCGAGGGAAUGUGGAGCAGUUCAGCAUCUCGUCCGAGGACAGCAUUUGGGAAGAGGACAUGCGACCAUGUGUGGCUCUCGAUGAUGACGAUGCUGACGAAGACGACGAGCUGUCCAGCCGCAGUACGGGCAGUGAUGGCAAUGGCAACAAUGCCUCCUCCUGCUCCGCACCAUACAAGCCCAAUUUCUACGUGGAGUCGGCUUCCCUGCCAGAUCGCACGCAAAGCGACCAUCUGCCCAUGUUGUCAACAAUUCCUCCAGGCAAGGCAAAGUAUAAGCAGCAGAUGAUGGAGAAAUAUCUGCGGGAUAGCAAUGCCCUAGAUGGCAAUAUGACGACAAGUGAGGUGACAGCAGGUGACUCAAAUGGCACCCAGCUCAACAAAUGGCUGGAAAGCGCGGCCCGAUUUACCCCAGACAGGCACAAUUAUCACAUCGAGUGGAAUAUGAGCAGGCACAAAUGCGGCGGUCAGGAGCGAUCGUGUGUGCAGAACCAGUUGCUGUUCACUAGCGAUGCCACCGCAGUGGCACGUGGUGAGCGUUGGCUGCUGCAUCACAAGGAUGAGCUAGAUGCUGCUGAAGCAUUGGCCAAUCUGGCUUUUAACUGCCGACAGCGCUGUCACCAUAUGACUCCAACGAUCAGCUCCUAGGCCUAGACGGAACUGGACAGGACAAAAAACGGACAGAACAGGCCAGUGACGCCAUCAUUCCAGCAGAAGAUUCAAGCCGUUGGAAAAGUGCAAUCUAGUUAUAGAACCAGUUUAAGUUCUAAUUUAGUACGAAAGACAAAUGAAUAUUAUUUGCUGUUAUUAUUAGAAUUAUUAACAAGUUACAAGUUACGUCGUCUC